AUGUACGUCGAGUGGCUGCGGAGUAGCCCGUGCUAUGUGGUCAAGUGUGUGUUGUUGCUGCAACUCAUAUACAGAACGACUGGGGCAGGAUGUUCGGUGGACCAUGGCAGCGGGAUGAAUUAUCCGACUACCACUGCCAGCGGGACGUGGACGACUCGAGGCGGGAUAUCAUCUUACGGCUGGGACAGCCGACAGCCUAUAGAUCCGUGUAGCCGUUGUACGAACGUCCCACCGCCAUUGCCCGGUUCUCACUACACGACACAAGCUCAUGACGGUGGAAUGUACAGUGUAAACGACCGUAUAAGUGUCAGUGGUUACAUGUCAGACAAUCGGGGUUCUGUGAGCGGUUACAUGACGGAUAACCAUGGUAGUGCGGGUAUGCAUGGUUCAGAUAAUCGACACACCGGUUAUGGUUCCGAUAAUCGUGGUAACAGUUAUGGCUCUGACAAUCGGGGCCAUAUGAAUGGUCGGCCCAACGGUUAUAACUCGAUCGGUCAUGUUACUGGCAACGGUUAUAUGUCGAGUAGUUCUAAUUACGGCGGUAACAGUCAUGUUACUGAUAACCACGUUCAAAUAUACAACACCCAUAUCGCAGACAGUCAAAUGAAAAAUCCCAAUUACCGGGGUAAUGGUUACGACAAUUUAAGCCCGGAAUGGGAACGAAGACACAACAACAAGAAAGUUGGUGUCAGCGGUGGAAGCUAUGGAAGCGGUAUAGGUGGUGGUAGCGGUAGUGGAGGCUAUGGAGGAGUUAUAGGUGGAGGCGGUGGUUAUGGAGACGGUAUCAGUGGAAAUGGUAUUAGCGGAGGCGGUAUUAGUGGAAAUGGUGGUCAUGGAAGUGGUGGUCAUGGAAGUGGUGGGUAUGGAGGCAGUAUCAGUGGGAGUGGUGGGUAUGGAGGCAGUAUCAGCGGAAGUGGUGGUUACGGAGUCAGUAGUUAUGGACAUGGUACUUUUGGUUCGGGAAACAGCGGUAGUGGAUAUUAUCAAGGAAUGUCGUAUCCUGUUCCCAAUAUUCCCGACAGCCACGGUAAUUACCAUAGACCGUCUACCGACCGGUGGAGUAUCAAAGGAGCAUAUCCAGUGAAAGUGGAAUCCGGAUACUGGCAGAGUCAACCACCCAAAGACAUCGGCUGGGAUGAGGCCAGCAAGAAAGUGGGAGUAAUAGCCGGAUGGAUUGGUGGCCCGAAAAAGUACGAGUCCAGUAAACCUUCAACGGCGUACGGUUCGCAUCAGGUGAAUGACAAAAAUGACGAAGAUUACUUCAACAAGGGAACCGGUUACGAAAACAAUUCGGACCGAAAGAAACCUUAUAUGGGUUGGGGAGGUUCCGGAUCGUACGAGGUGAUCAAAAUGAACAGCGGAUACAAGUACAUCGACAGGAAUAGCAACAGUGAUUAUGGUACUUCUUACGGAAACGGUUAUGGUUACGGGGGACAGAAUUACAAUAACAAACCUAGUCAAGAUUAUGGUUUGAAACCAAUGAACGUCGACCAUGGCAGACCUUACGACCACGGAACUUCAAGUUACGCUAAACCUGCUCACGGCUAUGAUAAACCAAUGCACGACUCCGGUAAACCCACUACACAGGACUACGGUACGCCAACCACUCACGAUUACGGCUCUAGGCCCCAUGUUGAUUUACAGAGUACACCGCGUCCAAUUGGGUUCGAAGCCACAACCCCCCGUCCACCAGGGUGGGGUUCUCAGAAACCUGGAUAUCCGGCGAUAGCUUCUCGGCCCACUCAGCACUGGGGUGAAAACUCGUAUGGUGAACAAUCGGGUAAUAUAGGUAGUGGUUCAGUGGGUUACGCUAGACCCGGUGGAAACGAUGUCGGAAGACCAGUUGAUUAUGGUACUUUGAGACCAGAAAGUUACGGGACUCAGAGGCCGGUUGAUUAUGGAUCUUUGAGACCAGACAGUUACGGAACUCAUAGACCGGUUGAUUAUGGUUCUCCGAGACCAGACAGUUACGAAACUCAGAGACCGGAAGGUUAUGGAUCUCCUAGACCAGACAAUUAUGGAUCUUCUCGUCCAGAUAGUUAUGGAUCUUCACGUCCCGAUGGGUAUGGAUCUUCUAGACCUGAUACUGGAGGAGAAACAUCAGACUAUGGAUCCUUCAGACCUUACGUUGGAUCCAUGAAUAAUAAUAUGGUAUCAGAUUAUGGCUCCCAAAAACAGGAGUUCGAUAAAUUCAGUGGUUAUUCAGAUAACGAUGGUGGUAGACCGCAGAUAAACAACAGACCUGGAUACGACAAUGAAAGGCCGUUUAUGAACGGAAACGAAGUCUACGGUUCACAGCAGCAGGCGGGUUCGGGAUAUGGAAAAGGAUACGCGUCAAACUGGGACUAUUAUUCUAAUUCCAUGAGGGGACAGUCCAGCAACGGAUGGAAUGACCAGCAGCGGGAUUACUUGCAGAGGAGACCCGACGGUGACGUGUUGCAGUCCGGAUCAAGCUUCAGGCCCUCUGAGUCCACUCCUUUGCAUUACAACGGCCACAGCGGCAUUGGAGCAUCGACCGACAACGGUUUCCUGUACAGAGGAUCGUCGACCAUUGGCGGCUCAUCUACCACUCCUAUGCCGACGACGAAUAAUAAUUCGUAG